AUGUCUAACACAGCAUUAUACACAUCAAAUGAUUUUAUAUUGAUUUCUUUACCUCAAUCGGCACAGCCAUCUACCUCGAACAUCAAGGCUGACGAUUGGUUAAAUAGAGAACUAUUGGAAGGCAAAGUUUAUGUUUCUGAUUUUGAUAUCCCUGAAUUUCAAAUUGGUUCCUUAGACUCAUUGGUUGUUGAGAGUGAGGAAUUAUCUAAAAUUGAUAAUCAGUUAGAACAAUCAAUCACUAAAAUUGUUGAUAUUUUAGGUGGAUUAAGUGAAGCCAACUCUAAUAAUUACAAAACUUUACCCAUUAACAGUGUUCCAUUACCUGAAUAUUUAGAACAUUUCCACUGGAACACAAGAAAAUUUAAAUUAGAUAAAUCUAUUAAAACUCUAAUUAACGACAUUACGAACGAAUCUUUGCAAUUAGACUCAGAUGUUAAAGCCACCUCCAGUAACUAUAACAAUGCUAGACAACAGUUAGUUGCUGCCGACAGAAAAAAAACAGGUGAUUUAUCAGUCAGAUCUUUACAUGAUAUAGUUAAGCCAAGUGACUUUAUUCUUAAUUCUGAAUAUCUAACAACUAUUUUGGUCGCUGUUCCCAAAUCUUUGGAAAAAAAUUUUGUUAAUAGCUAUGAAACUUUAGCUGAUAAUGUGGUUCCCCGUUCCGCAAGUUGUUUGGCUACUGAUUCAGAAUAUUGUUUAUACAAUGUCCAUUUAUUUAAAAAAUCAGUCAAUAAGUUUUGUCAAGCAUGUCGAGAAAAUAAGUUUAUUCCACGUGAUUUCCAAUACUCUGAGGAGUUGAUCGAAAGUUUAAAGAAGGAACACGAUGAGGCUGCAAGUUUGGAAAAUUCAUUGCGUAUAGAGUUGGUUAGAUUGGCUAAAACCGCUUAUUCAGACAUUUUUAUGAAUUGGUUUCAUAUCAAAGCCUUGAGGGUCUAUGUGGAGAGUGUGUUACGUUAUGGGUUACCACCUCAGUUUAUAACUAAGAUUAUUGCAGUUCCACCUAAGUUAUUGAGCAAAUGUAAACAAGAGUUGACCAAAAAUUUUGGUUAUUUGGGUGGAAACGCUUUUGUUAAAGAUAAAAAGGGUAACAUUAAACAUAACGAUUCAUCCUUACAUGAAUAUGCUUCUUUGGUUGAUACAGAUUACCAACCAUUUGUUAUGUACACAAUCAAUCUAUAG